AGAACACGCAUUCGCUGAGUGGAUGAAACGCUGUGGGAAGGUCAGCUGCAGAUCCUCCUGAUUACCCGAACCUACAGUGCUUCCAAAUAGUCCCGCACGUUAGCAGCUCAAGUCUUUUGCGGGCGGCCGCGGGAGUCGAUGAUAGAUGUUUCCAAUGGCACCAGCCUUACCCAGAAAUCUCCGCGCUGCAGAAAGCGCCGGCUGUGAUUCUAGUGCGCAGGCGCAAAGAGUCACAGGGCGGAGUCCCAGAAGCGCGCAUGCGCCCAGUGGACAAUAGGCUUCCAAGGAUUGGCAGCAGGAAACAAAAGAAAAGGGAUUUGUGUGCGGGUAUCUCAGACACAACAACAUGCCAGAUCUGCUGUGUCAGUCGGAUCACCAGCACUUGAAUGAAAUCAGUUUUUGAACGUGAAGGAGGAUAUGUUUGAGAAGACAGCACACCAGUCACAGCAAGGGGAAUCUGAACACGUGUUCAACCUAUGGUGAGAUUUGGAUGAACCGACCUGGAGUCAAUCCUUGUAAAUUAACAACAUAUUCAUUGUUGAUCCUUGGAAAAGAAGGCAUAUCUCAUCCCAGUUGGAAACGUGCGUCUGCUUUGUGUCUAAAAUGAAGUUGUCUGUUUUAACUUCUCAUUGAAACACGUUGGAUCCAGGGCUCUGAGAACUCUCCAGAGUAUCUUCACCAGAGACCAGGCACUCAACACCUUGAAGUGUGGGAGGGGUUCACUAUGUCGUCUGACCUGAUGAAUUGCCAGAGAGCUCAAAGCAGAGAGAAAUCAUUCACCUGCUCCGAGUGUGGAAAAGGAUUCACUCGGUCAUCCCACCUACGGACACACCAGCGGGUUCACUCUGGUGAGAGGCCGUUUACCUGCUCCAUGUGUGGGAAGGGAUUUACUCACUCGUCCCACCUGCAGACACACCAGCGAGUUCACACUGGGGAGAGGCGAUUCAUUUGCUCUGUGUGUGGGAGGGGAUAUACUCAGUCAUCCAGCCUGAAGAUACAUCAGCGAGUUCACGCCACAGAUAGACCGUUCACCUGCUCCGACUGUGGGAAGGAAUUCAUUCAGUUGUCCAACCUGAGGACACAUCAGAAAAUUCACUCCGGGGACAGGCCUUUCACAUGUUCCGUGUGUGGGAAGGGAUUCAUUCGUUCAUCCCAACUACGGAAACACAGGCGAGUUCACACUGUAGAGAGGCCAUUCACCUGCUCUGAGUGUGGGAAGGGAUUUACUGAGUCAUCCAACUUGCAGUCACAUCAGCGGGUUCACACCGGGGAAAGGCCGUUCACCUGCUCUGUGUGUGGGAAGGGAUUCACUCAUUCAUCCCACGUCAUGAGACACCAACGAAUUCACACCGGCGAGAGACCAUUCAUUUGCUCUGUGUGUGGGAAGGGAUUCAAUCAGUCAUCCCACCUGAUGAUACACCAGCGAGUUCACUCUGGGGAGAGGCCAUUCACUUGCACCAUGUGUGGGAAGGGAUACAUUCAGUCAUCAGAACUACUGGCACACCAGCGUGUUCACACCGGGGAGAGGCCGUUCACCUGCUCUGAAUGUGGGAAGGGAUUCACUCAUUCAUCCCACCUGAUCAGACACCAGCGAGUUCACACUGGGGAGAGACCGUUCAUUUGCUCUGUGUGUGGGAAGGGAUUCAAUCAGUCAUCUCACUUGAUGAUACAUCAGCGAGUUCACACUGGGGAGAGGCUGUUCACUUGCACCGUGUGUGGGAAGGGAUACAUUAAAUCAUCCGAGCUACUGGCACACCAGUGUGUUCACACCGGGGAAAAGCCAUUCACCUGCUCUGAGUGUGGGAAGGGAUUCAUCCAUUCGUCCAACCUGCAAAAACACCAGCGUGUUCACACCGGGGAGAGGCCAUUCAUCUGUUCUGAAUGUGGGAAGGCAUAUAUUCAUCAAUCCAACCUGCAGAAACACCAGCGAGUUCACACCGGGGAGAGACCAUUCAUCUGCUCUCAGUGUGGGAAGGCUUUCACUCAGUCAACCCAGCUUCUGAGGCAUCAGCAAGUGCACAACAAGGAGAGGGUUCACACCAGUGUGAGCAAAGAGAUUUACUCAGUCAUUCCACCUGCUGAAAAGCAGUCAGCUCAGAGUGAUGAAAACGUUUAAAUUAUCUCUGUGUUGUAUUCAUAACCAUCGCAGUUGCUGGAUCUGGUUACAAGUCCGUGUAUUCCUCUUGUUGUCCGAUUCCGCAGUUUCACCAAGGACUGAACCCCGAUCACCCCGGGAGGGGGUUGUUCUGCUAUUGCGAGUCUUUAAUGAGACUGAAGUUUAAUAUUCUGGAGAGGGUCCAGAGGAGGUUCACAAUGAUGAUUCCAGGAAUA